AUUACAAUCAAAUCCCUAACACAUGGAACUAGGGUUCUUCAUACCCAAGUGAGAGAAGGGUUCUACUCCAUAGAGAGAGAGAAGAAAACAGGAUACAAAGCAGUCAUACUCAUAACAAUGGGAAGAAUCUGCUCUAGGAUGAUUAUUUCCACUCCUAUGACGAUCUCCAAGCUCGAUUUGAUGAAACCCAGCUCCAAGAUAGCUUCUAGGAUGUGUUCUUCGCACUUUCUCUCUCUAGGGCUCUGUUUUUGCUCUGAAAAUCCGAUUCUCUCACUUGUGGCUCGGAAUUGGGUAAAAACCAAGAUUUCCCAACUCACACGGGCAGGCCACACGGCCGUGUGGCUCACCCAGUUGCCCGUGUGACUCAAAACGCGGCGUAUCAAUUAGUUGAA